AUGGACGACUACGCCCAUUUCCGUUCGACGCAGUUGGCGCACAUGAUCAACUGCAUUCGCACCGAAAUGGCCGGCGCAGACUUUGACCAGGCGCUUGGCCCUGAGUUUCUGCUCGCCAUUGCCCAGCUUGAGGGACUGCUGGCCCAUGGCUCACCAGAUCUCCCUGUUACGAACCUGCACCAUCAUCCCGAGGUUCGGCAAGUGAGCGGGCUGUCCGUCACUCUGCUGGAACUGUUGGUACGACAAGAGCGUCUGGCACGUCGCCCAAUCCUGAACCCGGGCUACUACGUAGCUGAGCGCAUUGGAUUCCCGCAGUGGGAGCAGAUUCCCGACGAGUCUGUCCGGUCCAAUUGCGAGGAUCCAAGCAUGUACGAACUGAACCUGUUCGGCCAGGUCGUCAGGGUUCCAGUAAAGUACCUGCUGUCGGAGAGAUACCGAAGUGUCGACACGGCCGACGAGGCUCGUGAUUACCGCAGGAUCUACCAAGUGAUCCUCGACAUCCUGGCGGCCAAGCUCGCACUCCCACCGCAGAUGGUGGAAAAUCUCAAGACUCACUGCCUUGCAUCGCACAAUAUGCGCAAGGCCAUGUCCAAGUCGGUAGCGUACCGACGUUGGCAGGAAUCGGGAGGUGUGCCAACAUUUUACGAUGUUGUUGGCAUGUAUGUUCUGGGGUUGGGCCGGUGGCACAAGCGCUUCCGAAGAGUCAUGGAGGACAAUGGACUCUUGUGGAUGGCAUGGGCACCACCGGUCCACCCCCUUCUGGCGGUUCGUCCUGGUCAGUCAGGAAUCCGGGACGCUCCCGUCAAGUGGAACGGAGAUGUCCAACCAGUUCAGCCGUACCGCCAAGGUUGUGAGCAGCCUUGGAUCGAAGUGGAGCUCAUGAACUAUGACAACUUUGGACAUUGGGUCCGAAGAGGCAAUCCUGUCAACCGACUACUUGACAACCUACAGGAUGCCAUUAUGGAUGUACAGGAGUUGCAGCAACAACCUGCACAAGUCCAGGCAAAUGCCAUGGACAUGAACCAACCCCAGGCACAGCUGGGACAGAUGCACCAGGUCGGUGGUAACGGACUCGGCCUCAACGGAACCAUGGAGCUCCUACGACGGGGACUGGGCCAUUUGUCGCGCACAGUCCAUGAGUUAGACGACGCCUACGGUCAAUACAAGGUUGCUGUUUUGAAGGCUGCUCUGGGUGCCAUGGUUGCCAUGGCCCUUGCGCGCUCAGGACUUCCUCAGGCAGUCAUUGCACACUUGGUCCGGGAAAUUCCCAUUAUUUGGGAGCAUUGUAUCACGAUAGGUCGCACUGCUGUCGCCGCUGGCCAGGAUCGAGCAGUUGCAGUCAUGGACGCCGGCCGAGAUCGAGCCAUUGCUGCCGUCGACGAUGUUUUCCGUCGAGCUGGAUACGUCCCAGUUAGACAGGUUGCACAGCCUACCCGAGGCAUGCUGAGUCGCAUGUUCUACUGA